GUGUAAGGCUCUUUUCCCUUCUGUACCCUUUGAGCCAUAGAACCUAGAUAGCGUUAGCUAGGAGAACUAACUUAAUCGCUUGGCAGGCAAGAUGUUCUCUGCAGCUCUUCGUGUUUCAGCCUCAAGUAUCAGGAGCUUAGCGCGGAUACGCCCUUGUUACACUGCCCCUCUGGCGUCCCGAAGCUACUCCCAUGCUAGCAUGGAGACAGAUGAGGAGUUUGAUGCUCGCUGGGUGACUUACUUCAGCAAGCCUGACCUUGAUGCCUGGGAGCUUAGGAAAGGUAUGAACACACUAAUCGGUUAUGACCUGGUCCCUGAGCCCAAGAUCCUAGACUCUGUGCUUAGGGCCUGCAGACGACUGGAUGACUUGGCCAGUGCAAUCCGUAUUCUGGAGGCAGUGAAGGACAAAUCAGGACCACACAAAGAGAUCUACCCGUACUUGAUCCAGGAGCUUCGUCCCACCCUGACAGAGCUCGGCAUCUCCACCCCAGAGGAAUUGGGCAUCGAUAGAGCCUAAAUGCCUACGUUCAGGGACUCCUGAAAAGGAGACGAGGUUUUUCGCUGCACUUCAAGUCCCUGCCUUGUACUUUACUGUCCAGUGUUUUAUAAAGCACAGUCCUGUCAUGUAUAAAAUUAUGGAUCUAAUAAACAGAGCAAUAUCUAA